AUGAUUUCCCGCCUCGAAGAAACAGUCCAGGAGGUCUUCGAUCCGAAGAUUCAUCUUGCGUGUGAACCUCCGACGAAGAAGUUCACCUUGGAAGACCUUAACUUGCAGCCGUCACCAACAAGCACAAAGAUUGCAGCUACCUUGCCAUUCCCCAUUCUAUCGUUGGAGGGCGUUCGGGCGUACAGACGCGCGUUGUUUUCACAAGAGGUUCUUCAUCAUUGCGGCGGAAGUCCAGCUCCAGGAACCUUGACUCUCAGAAAUGCUGCGUCAUACUCGACGUUCAUCAGAGACUUCUGGAGUCACCCCGACACAAUGCAACUGUUGUCUGACGCAGCUGAUGUUCCUCUAAAGAUCGUGAUGUCCACCGAAAUCGGUCACACCAACAUCCAAACAAAAGGUGGAUCAGUCAGUGAGAUGGUCUCUCAAUUGAAUGUCGAGCCGCAGACCACAAAGGUGCCGUUGACCGAAGAGGAUCGUGCUUAUAACCCGCUCAAGGGGUCGAGCAUCAUCCCAUGGCAUUAUGAUUCAUAUCCCUACGUAUGCGUUAUCAUGCUGAGUGAUACCGACGGCAUGCUUGGUGGAGAAACUUACAUCAGAACUGGGGACGGCGUACCACUGAAGGUCGAAGGACCAAAACUUGGUUGGGGUGUUGUUCUGCAAGGCGGUGAAGUCGAACAUCUCGCGGCUCGAAGCAUGGGCGUCAUGGAGCGCAUAUCGACAAUCACGUCUUUCUGUGCUGACGUUCCUGGCAAAUAUGACUCGAGCUAUAUCACCAACCUGAGAUGGUACAGCGAUCGUCCCACUCUGUACAAGCAAUGGACCGAGUAUCGGCUGGAAAAAAUGAAACGCGAGAUCGAGCAUCUGCAGGAACACAUCGCCCUUUCACCUACGCUCUCGGAUGUCACUCAGGUGCAAAAGUUUGCUCAGGACCAACUCAGCUAUUUGAAGAGAACUGCCAGACAACUCAUCCCUUUCGAAGACUGUGAGUCCAUUGCCGAGAAAUAUGGCUCAGCUCGCAGUGCCUUCAACCUAUGGGAAAAAGCCCAGACGCUGGACGGAUUUGAGGAACACGUAGCGACCGUGACGCCACGGACCUGGCAGCAAGGGUGCGACCUGUGGACAGACCUGAUCGAGACACAGUUGGCGAUACAGGCGGGAAAGACGAUAGAGUCUCAGCGUGGGAGAUUCAAGUGGUCGAAAGAACGCCAGUUCUGUAUGGGCGACGAGCUGUUGAGGCAGGGAUUGCCCGAAAUCCUCCUGUCUUGGCUCGAUGCUACAGGUAUGUAUGCUUUGGUGACGUCGUAA